AUAAGAAAUUUGUACAGGCACUCAGGCAGUCUGGUUACAAAACUAUAAAGCAAGAGGAAAGCAAACACAUUUCAAGUGAUUGAAGAAUUUCUGCAGAGGCUUUGUUUGAGUCCAGGUUGUUGAUUUUGCUUUCAGAUUUUGGGGAAGAUAUACUCUGAAAACAAGAAAUCCAGAGAACAGAAUCCUGGGCGGCAGGUAACAACGCAAUGAGACAAUGAGAGUGACAAGGAAGUAUGCAUACUGACUGUGGGCUUGCCGGUCACACAGGGAGCAAGAGUCGACAGUUGUAAUUCAUUGUGUACAGUAGCAAAUAAGGCGUGAAUGUUGACAGAGCCAGCAGACGGGGGAGGUGCUGAAGUCAGAACUUCGGGAACAGCCACCACAUCGGCUUCACCUCAGCCAUUUCACAGCUGAAAUUUGCUGGAUUUUGAUUUUCCUGCCCAAGUGGUGUCAGUCAUGGCAGAGGAAAAGGAGUUAUCCUACAAGGAGGCCAUAGAAAAGGCGAGCUCCUACAUCACUCGCUUCCCUGUCAUCCAUGUCAGAGGAAUUCCUCUCAUGUGCCAUAUCGCCAACAACUGGGACUCCAUCUGGGCUUUUCGUCCUGAUCCGUCAGACCUCCUCAUCGCAACCUACCCUAAAGCAGGAACCACAUGGACCCAGGAGAUAAUUGACCUGCUUCUUCACAAUGGGGACGCUGAGGCUUGCAAACGAGCUCCCACCCCGGUCCGGAGUCCUUUCCUAGAGAUCUGUUCCCCACCCCCAAUCCCGUCAGGUCUUGAUCUUCUGAAUAAAAUGGACCCCCCAAGACUCAUCAAAACACAUCUUCCUUUUCAGUUGGUGCCUCCAGGAUUUUGGGAAAACAAAUGCAAGGCUAUCUACGUUGCACGCAAUGCUAAAGACAACCUUGUGAGCUACUACUAUUUCGAUCUAAUGAAUAAGACCCAACCUGAACCGGGGCCCUUUGACGGUUACAUCCACAAGUUUAUGCAAGGAGAGUUGUCUUGGGGCUCCUGGUAUGAUCAUGUGAAAGGUUACUGGGUGGAGCGGGAGAAGAACAAUAUCCUUUACCUCUUCUACGAAGACAUGAAAGAGAAUCCCCGCCGCGAAGUGGAGCGCAUCAUGAGAUAUCUGGAUCUGUCGGUCUCUGAUGAGGUCAUCAACCGAAUCGUGGAGCUCACAUCCUUCAAGAGCAUGAAGGAGAACCCGAUGGCCAACUACUCCUGCGUCCCAUCACCUGUUUUUGAUCAUUCCAUCUCUCCAUUCAUGAGGAAAGGUGAAGUGGGGGACUGGAAAAACCAUUUUACGCCUGAGCAGUCAAAGGUGUUUGAUGAAGAUUACGAAGAGCAAAUGAAGGACGUCAACAUACCAUUCAGGAGUCUCAUCUAGAGGAUGUUGGGGGGUUUCUAAAACGUGUUCUGCAAACCAAAGGCCAAUAAACUGACUUUUUUCAGCACUUAAACAGCAGCAGCACUGUCAGCAUGUUUGGCACAGGCUUAAAACCAAAACAAACAAUCAAAAACAAGGAACAAAAACACUUUUUAUGUUUUAAUAUUGAACACUGUAAUCACUGCACUUCAUAAUGUGUCUGCAUAAAAAAAAAAAUACAUGUUUGAAGAGUGAAUAAAUAUGAGCUAGACGAAACAAAGGGAUGAGUUUGUAAUCUUUAUUUUAUUAGAGCUUAUCACGUAAACAAUAAAUAAGACCAGAAGUGUUGUGGCUGAGUGAACGUGCCCUUUUAUGCCAUGAGACCUCCAUCAGAGUCCACUGACUGCAUGGUACCUACAGAGAACGCUGGCAGCUGGAGGCACUUGCUUUAAACAAAUUUUUUCUGCCCAUAUGAAGUCAUUUUUGCAACCCUACAACACACUGUACAGAGCCUGGCUAAAGAAGGGAGGCUGCACAAGACAAAGAGCAACAAAGACUAGAAUAAAAGUACUGACCUGGAAAGUCAGUCAUAUGAAAAUGGA